CUAGGCAUGUACAGCUUUGUGCUGUGAUAAAAAGAAAAGAAAAAAAAAUGCAAUUCAGAUUUGCAAGAUAUUCCAAAAUCGCAAGAAGUGCCUGCCCUGUACUAUAACUUACUGCUACUGUGCAGUAAAGUCAAGUGGCUAAAAACAAUCAUGACGUAAGAUGCUGAAAAACAAUAAGAUGCACAUAAACAAAUAAUGAUAGACAUUGCAGAUGGAAUGCAAACGGCUCCAACGUCUACCACGGAUAAACUUGACUGCUGUACAUAUACAUCAUGUAGUUAACAGUGAUUAAUUUGGCUAAUUAAAUAACAUAUAAAUAAUUCAAUUAAAAUUUCAAAUCCUAAAUAUUCACCACCAGCCACAUAUUUCUGUUUUCUGUUAAGUAUUUAUGUUUUAAGCAAAUUUCAGAUUAGCACACACAAAUAACAUUUAGAUAUAUCUUUCCAGAAGUAGUAGGAACUCCUGAGGUAAAGCUCUGUUUCUAUUUCAAACAGUUUCUCCAGCUGUGUAUGAAAUAGAGAGGCUGAAAGCACUGCUGCAGGCAGAGAGAAGCAAAAAUGAGUUAAUGGGUGAAACCAUCAGCGGCCUGAAGCAAGACAAAGAACUUCUGCAACAGGAACUCACCAAGAAGGCGGAGCUCAUCUGUGACUUCCUGCAAGACCAGCUACGGCCAGGUGACUAUUCCUUACAGUCCCAUCAUACACGCCAUUUCUGGAUAAUAAAUAGUUUGUAUGAUAUGAAGGAAAGCAUGGAGAUCAGAAUGCAGGUUGUAAUUUGGAUAAGGAUUGUCUUGUUUUGUCUGGUAGAUAAAAGAAGGACACUUUCAUCAAGUCAAAUGGAGGCAGGAAGCUCACAUCAGAUUAUCACCUCCCUUCCUGAAGAGGGCGCUGUGUUUGACUCACCAGCCCUCUUCGACUCUUUUGAGGAAGUGGAGUUGCAUCCACUGGACAGGCAGAGGACCAUCAAGAUUUCGUCAAAGAGAAGCAGAGAUGGCGAGAACACACGUGUCCGAAUGAAAAACGUUGUGGGUGUUAUUGCACGAUAUAUGGCGGCACUGCAAGAGUUUCGACGUAGCAUAUCCAUGAAAGUGGCUUUUGAUCGAGUUGGUGUUGACCGCAAUACCAUUUCGAGAACAGCAGCCAUUGCAGAACUGAGCUUGGCGGCUCCUGAAGUCUUCCACGCUCUGCCUCCAUGGGACGAGAAGGAGGAAACAUUGGCCCACUAUGCAGUCAGAUGCCGACAGGCCAUGGACGACAGCAUCAAAGCCAAGAUUAAAAGCAUGAAGGCAAAGCGGGAGCUUCUACCAAUCGUCAGCAAAUAAAACAUUUACCAGAUCUGAUUUACAGUGGACAUGUGACCAAUCUAAAAGAACACUUGUAUUUCUCGUCACAUUUCAGGCCUUUAUCUCUUUUGUCCUCAGCCAUUAUCCAUCACAAAGAGAGUGAUGUAUGGCAGCACAUUUGUUGGAAACUUUCAAUCAUUUGUUGUGUUGUUCUUGGCCAAUUUGGCUUUUAAAUAAAAUCAAAUAAUUGUUUUGUAUGCCUUGAAUCAGUAUCAUUUUGUUUGACCAGUAUUUACUUCAGUGUUAAAUAUUAGGUAAAUAUGUAAUACUGGUAUUAAUAACUGUAC